CUUGAUUCAAUUUUCCCACAAUGCACUUUGAAACACAAAUAUGGCUGCUCCCAUACUGAAAUGGAAGCGGGUAACAAAUUCAACAGGACCGUGUCCAAGACCUCGGCAUGGUCAUCGUGCAGUUGCAAUCAAGGAUUUAAUGAUAGUAUUUGGAGGUGGCAAUGAAGGAAUUGUCGACGAACUUCAUGUUUACAAUACAACUACCAAUCAGUGGUUUGUACCAGCAGUCAGAGGAGAUAUUCCACCAGGGUGUGCAGCAUAUGGAUUUGUUUGUGAUGGAACACGUAUACUUGUUUUUGGAGGAAUGGUGGAAUAUGGAAAAUAUUCUAAUGAAUUAUAUGAAUUACAGGCUAGCCGAUGGGAAUGGAAACGGUUAAAACCAAAGCCACCUAAAAAUCACACAAUUCCAUGUCCACGUUUAGGACACAGCUUCUGUAUGUUGGGUAGUAAAGCAUAUUUAUUUGGUGGAUUAGCAAAUGAUAGUGAAGAUCCUAAGAACAACAUACCAAGGUAUCUGAAUGAUUUGUAUGCAUUAGAAAUGAAGUCUACAUCAAACUCUAUGACUUGGGAAUAUCCAGUUACAAAUGGUCAGCCACCACCACCACGUGAAUCUCAUUCUUGUGUUGGGUAUGCUGAAAAAGAUGGCAGACAUCCAAGACUUUUAAUUUAUGGUGGUAUGAGUGGAUGUCGUUUAGGAGAUUUGUGGCAGUGUGAGAUUGAUACUUAUACAUGGGUAAAACCAACAGUUCAAGGUGUUCCCCCAUUACCAAGAAGUCUCCAUACUGCAACUGUUAUUGGUAAUCGUAUGUUUGUUUUUGGCGGCUGGGUACCCUUGGUAAUGGAUGAUGUGAAAGUAGCCACACAUGAAAAAGAAUGGAAAUGUACCAAUACCCUAGCUUCUUUAAAUCUUGAAUCUAAUUCAUGGGAACCCUUAGCUAUGGAAGUGUUUGAAGAUGCAUUGCCCAGAGCAAGAGCUGGGCAAUGUUCUGUAGCUGUCAAUACCAGAUUGUAUAUAUGGAGUGGUAGAGAUGGAUACAGAAAGGCAUGGAAUAAUCAAGUUUGUUUCAAAGAUUUAUGGUUUUUAGAAACAGAAAAACCACCAGCACCAUCCAGAGUGCAGUUAGUUCGAGCCAGUACCAAUACAUUAGAAGUAUGUUGGGGAUCAGUACCAACAGCUGAUGCCUACUUGUUACAAUUACAGAAAUACGAUUUACCCCCAUCGCAAGCUAUGAGUCCAACUGCUGUACCAGCUGGCAGUAGUUUAGCUAAACCUUUAGCUCCUAAUCAACCACAAAUGAUUCGUUCACCAGGAGGAGCAAUACGACCAUUAGGAGCAGUGUCUAUAGGCUCCAUUUCUUUCUCCUCACCACAAACGAUUAAAGUGAAUGCCACACCACGACAGAAAUCACCAGUAACAAUCACACCUAUUUCUUCAGGAUUAAGAGUUGCAUCGCCACAAAUAAUUAGCCUUAGUCAAGGACAGAAGCCUGCAGUGCUACAAGGACAAACAACAACAGCUGGUGGUCAGAUGACUGGAAUAGCUGCAUUAGCUGCAGCAGCAGCAGCAACACAGAAAAUACCAGGGACACCAAACACGCCAGGAACACCACAAACAAUACGUACUGUUUCAGGAGUGAAAGUGGUAACACCUACUGUGGUGACACCAUCUGGAGUAAGAUUUCCCGGUAAAAUGCAAGGUGCUACUAUUUCCCCUGGAACCCAAACAAUCCGAGUUGCUCCACCAGGAACAACUAUUCUAAAAACUGGUGGUCAUGUUGCAGGUGGAAAACAGAUCAUAACUGUACAUAAAGCUGGAGGAUCCAUUUCUAGUCAUCCUCAGAUUGUGACAUUAGUCAAAACAACACAAGGCAUGACUGUUGCUACAAAUAAAGGAGCUUUGCCUCAAGGAGCAACUAUUGUAAAAUUAGUAACAUCCCAAGCUGGAGGAACGAAGCCAUCUGCUAUUAUAGCAUCAAGUAAACCUGGUCAAACUCCAUCAAACAUACUUGGUAUUAGCAGUGUUCAGCCUACUGGUCAUUCCAAGAAUAUAACAACUGUCAUCAAAACAAUACCAACUUCUAUGUUUUCCAUGGCAAAGGCAGGCAUGACUGGUCUUACCUCUACUCAGUCAGGAACUAAAACAAUUGUUAUAGCAGCACCAAAAGGCAGUACAGGCACUUUAAAUACUCCUACUAAAUUGAUAACUAAAGUUUCUGGCGGACACACAGGUUCGGGUAAUACACAGUUCAUUGUGGUUAGCCCACAGGGAGGAACCACUCAGGGUUCAACUUUUCUAGGAGGAUCUAAGCCAGUUACGGUGACCAAUUUACAAACAGCAACUUCCCUAGCAGCAAGUCAGUCAAAACCUGUAGUAACAAUAUUGGGAGCAGGCCAAACUGGAGCUGGUAAAAUUAUUGCACAAGGAAUACCUGGACAAUCAAUAGCCUCUACAAUACAAGGGACAUCCAUACUCUCUACUCAAAGUAUAAAGAGCACCACGGGUACGCCAACAAUAUCCUUGAUAGCUCAACAAACACCAGGUGAUUCAAUAUCUACAGUGGCAAAACAGUUGGUGACAAUUCCUUCAACUAUAACCUCUGCAGGAAAACCACCAGUGCAGAUAACAAUUUCACCUGUAGUCAAGGCCAACCCUGGAACCAAUGUCACGGCUGCAUCUAUCACAGGAGAUUGUGGUACUCCUCAUGGUUGUCCUGGUGAUGGAACAGAUAACCAAGCAACUGGAGAUUGUGGUACUCCUCAUGGUUGUCCUGGUGAUGGAACAGAUACACAAGCAACUGGAGAUUGCGGAACUCCUCACGGGUGUCCUGGUGAUGGAACAGAAACAACAGCAACUGGUGAUUGUGGAACUCCCCAUGGUUGUCCUGGCGAUGGAACCGAAACAGCAACGGGUGAUUGUGGGACACCUCAUGGUUGUCCAGGUGAUGGAACACCAGCACAAAGUACAGGGGAUUGUGGAACUCCGCAUGGGUGUCCUGGAGAUGAAACACCAGCUGAAGCAACAGGUGACUGUGGCACCCCCCAUGGUUGUCCAGGUGAUGACUCUGCGGUGGUAUCAACAGGAGAUUGUGGAACACCACAUGGUUGUCCCAGUGAUGGAACUGGAAAUCAAGCAGGAGAUUGCGGAACACCACAUGGUUGUCCAGGAGAUGGAACAGAAUCUAAGACUGAUGAUUGUGGUACUCCUCAUGGAUGUCCAGGUGACGGAAAUGAAACUCAAGCUACAGGAGAUUGUGGAACUCCCCAUGGUUGUCCUGGUGAAGGUGCACCAGAACAAAGUAUUGGGGAUUGUGGAACUCCUCAUGGUUGUCCUGGUGAUGGAACUGAAACAAAAACUACUGGAGAUUGUGGUACUCCUCAUGGUUGUCCUGGUGACGGUACAGAAACGCAAGCUACUGGAAACUGUGGCACUCCCCAUGGUUGUCCUGGUGAUGGAACUGAAACUCAAGCAACUGGUGACGUACCUGCUCAAAAUCCUGAGGAAAAUACGCCAAUGGAAGGAGUACAAGCAACAGAACCAACUACACAAAGUGCUGAAAAUGAAUCAACUGAUAAACCUACUGAAGAACCCAUGGAUACAACUGCUUCUUCAGUCGAUACUACAGUGAAACUAGAACCAAGUGAUGCAGCUUUAAAUACCACAGAAAAUAGUGCUACAAAAACUACCACAGCAACUGAUACAGCUGCUGCUAUAUCAAGUGCUACAGAUUCGUCUGAUCCUUUAGCCACAUUAGCAUCUGCAGCUGUUUCCUCCGCAAGGUCAACAGUUAAACAGGAACCAGAUGGUGUUAAUCAAGCAGCAAAUGGCAUAAAAACUGAACCAAUGGUAUUUUCUGAGCUAGAAUUCAGUUGA